AUGAUUGCCAAAUCUCGGGAAGAAAGAGAGCAUGUUGGGAGUCUUAAGAAGCUGUUUGAAAGAUUAAGAAAGUUCCAGUUGAAGCUUAACUCGGCCAAAUGUACGUUUGGGGCUACCUCAGAAAAACUGCUAAGUUUCAUUGUCAGUGAGAGAGAAAAAGAGGGCGAGUCAUCAAAAGAGAAAUCAUGGAAGAUGAGCUUUGAUGGUGUAUCAAAUGCAUUGGGGCAUAGGAUCAGAGCAGUCUUAGUGUCACUUGAAGGGGACCAUUACCCACUCACUGCCAGAUUGAAUUUCUUCUAUACCAAUAAUAUAGCGAAGUAUGAAGCUUGCAUCAUGGGAUUUCGUGCAACUAUCAGGAGGAAAAUUAAAAGUUUAGAGGUACACGGGGACUCAGCAUUAGUCAUUUAUCAAAUUCGUGGAGAUUGGGAAGUGAGAGAUCUAAAAUUAGUCAAAUAUCACGAUCUCGUUGCAGAGCUGAUCAAGGAGUUCUAUGAAGUGACUUUUAACUACUUUCCACGGGAAGAGAACCAAUUGGCUGAUGCUCUAGCCACCUUGUCUUCGAUGUUCAAAGCAAACAAGAAACUGAGAUAA